AUUCAACGCCGCGGUCGAUUGUAGAAUGAAUGAUUUAUAAGUAAACAGGCUUCUCGUGUGGAACAUCUGCUAGUUUUUUUUACACACAUUCAUGUGCGUGGUUCAUUCGGUUGAUAAGGUGAUUGAGCCCGUUACAAUACGAAGUCUCAUUUUGAGCCAAUUAUCAAUAAAAUACAAAACAUAAAUUUUUCUUCAAUUUGAGUCGUCAUUAAGUCUCUUGUCUGAGUGCCUCGAAGUGGUAAUUUAAUUCUAGGAAAAAGUGUCGACCGGAACCAAAACUGGUGUAUAGUUUUGACUUGCCUUGUGAGAUGUAAACGGAGUGGUAAAAGAAAUGGAAGCGUCUUCCGACAAUCUUCCAGGAUCUGACUUCAGAAGUACCCGUCAUAAAUUAGGACAUCACUGGAACAAUUCUACUCCAGUUCAAGGUGUUUUCAUUGAAAAAUAAAUUGUGAUCAGAACCAAAGAAUCGUGUUUUCUCCGAAGAACAAAACCUAAUGAACAGCCCAGUGGCACUAUGGAAAUUUCUGGCUUAUUUCAGCCGGAAAUACAGUGGUCAACUUCCAUGCCCGAUACCUGUAGUUUUUGCCCGAUACCAUCGAACAAGAAAAUUAUAUAUAGCAACAAACGAACACGCAUAGGUCCGUGGAACAUCGAACGAACAAGUCGAUAGCUAUCGCAAAAAAUCGCAAUGUAUUUUUACCACCAAACAGCGGCGACAGUCAUAAUGUAUGUGUCUGCAAAUCUGGAAGGUUUCGUCUAGUCAUGUUCAUUGGCAAUAUAAUUGGAGUUUGGACAAUCCUUGCCUGCCGAUGGGCGCAGGCCUUAGUAACUGUCAACUUCGACGGGGAGUUUAAAACCUGCGACAAUGGGAUGGAGCUGCCAGGUUUGGAUUAUUCUCGUUUCGAUGUGCUUCUUUUGGACGAUGAGAACGUCACUAUCAACGGUAAGCUGUCAACGACCAGGGAUUACAACAACCCCUUGAGUGUAAACGUGUAUACCAAGCGGUUGGUCAGUGGCAACUGGGUCCCAUCGAUGAACCGUUUCAUACCUAAUUUUUGCGAGGUGCUCAAAGCACCGAAUGAAAUGUGGACGCCAUUUAUGGCUGCCUUCGAACAGCAGAGCUGUCCUUUCCUGGCAGGGCACACGGAGAACUUUGACCACACGAACAUAGGGAACAUGGUGAAUAGCAUGAAAAUUCCACCGUCACUUCAAGGCCAGUGGAAACUUUUCAUAGAGUUUGGAACAAUUCGGAAAUUAGCCCACGAGAAAGAAUGCGCAAUGGCGGAUUUUCUGGUGGUGGAAGUAUGAAUUUAUAUGUCUGAAUAAAGUAUCGACGAAAAUCGGGAUGAAACAGCACAAGAUAUUAAUGAAUCAACUUAAUAAAAAAAAUUCAGUUAUUUAAUCGGUAACUGAAAAAACUACAUUCCUAGUUUCUAAUUCCUGGAUCGCGAAUUCUCAGAUGCAAAUGUUUUGUACAAACAAAAAUUCAACAAAUACAACGAAAACAAGAAAUACAACAAAUAUAACAAAUACAACAAAUACAACAUACGCGCAUGGCCCACAAGAUAAAUAAACGAUCUUUCGAAA